AAUGGAUUUUUUUAUAAUUUUACUAAUAAUCUAUUAUGGAAUACGUCCGACAGAAUCUCAAUUUAGAAUACCAAAUGAACUUAAGAAAUGUUACGUGAAUAAUAACAUGCAAGAUUUUCAUCUUCCUAUGAAUAUACGUGUACUAUUAGAUAUCAUUCGUAAAGCGGAGAAAUACACUUACACUACAAUGGAUAUGAGAACAAUUUCAUCUUCUUUAAUGCAUAGAUUUAAAUUUGACGGCAUCAAACACUAUAAAGAUGUACAGGCAAAGAGUGGAAUAUUUCCCUUUGGAUUUGGAAGACAAAGUAUUAAAUACAAACUGAUAAAAGAAAUGGUUCCAGGAAAACCACAACUUUUUCCAUUUGAUACACUUACAACAAUAGAACAAUGCACUUUACAUCAAGCUAUUUCAAAUACAAUAAUGAAAGAAAAUUUGCUUGAUACAAGUAUAUUAUGUCAAGAAAUCGGCCAAAAAUUGACAGAUAGAAGAUUAUUUAAUAACGAUCUAGAAUGCCCCGAAGAAUACGGCAUAGUCCUUACAUCACAUGGAACUAUUGCUCCAGGUGCUAUUAUAGCAGCUAUUGCUGCUUCUCUUCAGCAUCAGGAUGUUGAAUUAAAUCAAAUAAUUAAUACAAUAACGCCUGAAAGAAGUACUACAGAUAGUACUAAUAAUCUUGAAGAAGUUGAUUUUAUUAUACCAAGAAAUGAAAUGAUUCAUAAUAAGUCGAUGUCAUAUCUCUUUUUGCUUAAUUCGACUAUAAAAUUAGACAACAUAUGGCUAGCAACAAUUGCAGGUGAAUUAGCGGAAAUGGUGGUAUAUCAAGGACCUAUAUUAAACUCUAAUAUGGAACUUGGAGCUACAGGAUUUUGGAAUAAUAUUAUGCGUCCUAAUGUUUAUUAUUUAAAUAAUAAAAAUAGCUAUUUUGAGGCCACUCGUGCUGAGAUAGUUAGUGACAUUGAUGGUCUCAUUAUAACAAAUAAAUUGCAAACCUGGAUGAACGAUUUUAAUAGUCUUCGUUUGAGUCAAAUCAUUGAUAUGUAUUAUUCAGAUGAAGAUAUAACUCUAUUUAAUGAAAAUAUUAAAGUUUGUGAUAGGAAGAAGGCUUUCUCAUAUGCUAUGCCAAAGACAAUUUUGAAUGAACAGACAUAUGCUGCAUCUUAUCUCUUGGCCAAUCAUUACGGAAUUAUGUUCAAAUCUCCCGAAGCUCUUAAACAAUUGGUUGAUUAUGCGGUUACCAAGUUCUAUACUUAUGCGAAUGAACAUUUUUUGACAGAAUCAUUUUGUCGAAAUUCAAAACGUUAUCCACAAGUAGAAGCAUUGAUCGUAUUUGAUGGUUCUUGGACAAAGGAAUAUACAAUGAAUUUUAUCGCAACAUUAAUAGAUGAUUUGGAUAUAUCAAUGUAUGGUUCAAAAAUGGGAAUUCUGGAUGCUACAUCAGGACAAUGGUUGCUUAAUGUGACAAAUAGUCCUAGUCUUGCCUAUCACGCUGUAUUUAAUUUUACAAAGAUUUCAUGGCCUACGCAUUUAAAUUUCGAUACAGUAUUGAAUGCAGUAUUUAAUUACUUGAAUGAAACUUGGCAAACAAAAUGGCAACAACAUACAAUAGGGAAUCUUGGUCAAGUAAUUCUAAUAUUGGCUCCAUCAACUCAGAAUUCAGAAAUGGAACAACAAAUCAUUUUCGAACUAUUACGAGAAAUUAAGCAUUUUUAUCCUGAGCAAGAUCGUUUAAUAGUUGGCCCUAAUAUCGAUGCUAUUGUACAGCAUUUGUCAACCAUACCGCGAAUUCUAAGACCAGUAGUUGUGUCGAAAUUUGCGAAUGAGUCUUCAAAUCUUAAGGAUGAAAUAGAAGACUAUAUAAGUCCUUCAAAAUCAAUUACAUAUAGAUUGCAUCCACAGUACAUGAUUAAUACGAAGAUGGUGAAAAUUACAAUUCAUAACUUUGGAUAUGGAGUGAUAAAAGCUUGUUCUUGGAACCAAUUUGAUGAAGAUGUAGUAUGUCAGCAAAUUGAUGUGCACAAAGAAAUUAGCAUAACGGACGAUUUUAAAUGCAUCAAUUCACGCUGUCCUUAUAUAUAUCUUCGUAUACAAAAUGCUACUUCUUUUAAUAAAUGUGCAGAGAUGGAAUGUAGAUCACCAAAUCAAGUAAGAUAUAUCAUAAGAAUGCAAAAUACGUAUUACGAAAACUCGACAAAAAGAGGUUUAUUUAUAAAUGUAUUUAUAAUAUUGUAUUUACAAUUAAUUGUACUUAAUAUGUAA